AUGUGUCUGGGCUUAGCAGAGAUGUUGGCUGUGGUCCUCAGCCUGAAGCCCUGGAGCUACUGGAUCCUUCUCCAACCAUUCAGCACUAUUAAGUGCCCGUCCAAUCGGCCUGUCCUGUGUCUCGUGCUCCUGCGUGGCCUCCUGUGGGUAGUGGCUGAGUGGGCUUGUCGAGGGGCUCAAGUCGGGGCCAGAUUGGGAAGAGGUGGCUGUCAGAGUUUCUGA